AUGUUGUUUACGACUGUCAUACAAAUAGUCCACAUUGACGUCGAUCGAUAUCGAGAUGAAAAACAAAAUGAUCUAGAAAAACAACGAAUUUAUUUGAACUUCCAAGAUGUCAGCUUUAACUCCACCACCAGCACCGCCACUGGUUAUAUCGCUCAAUUACAAGGCCAUCCGAUGUUAACUAAACAACGUCUUCUAUCAUUACGACAAAGUUUCCUAGUAACAGUUGGUUUUCUUGUUCUCUUAUAUUGUUUAAUUCAUAUUCAAAUCUUGUUCUUUUGGCUAUUGAAAUUUGUUUUUCGGUUAUUAUUUAAAGUCUUUUCGCUUAUUUUCUGGCUUCCACUAAGAACUGUUCGUUUAUUACUCCCGAAAUCCGUUGACUACGAUGUUCUAUUUCCAUUGUUUUGGUUAUGCUCAAUUGCAUCAUUUUACGUUUCGAAGUUUUCGCACGAAAGUAUUUGUCAAUUCUACGAUCAACAUCUCGUUCGACGAUAUAAAUCUCUUCAAUAUGAUCCAGCAAAACGUGAAGAUAUUCGACGAUACUUAUUCAUCGGAACAUUUCUUGUUCUUCUGCUUGUUCAAUGUUUAUUUAUUCUUACACCGAUUGCUCUGUCAAUUCGAAAUCAUCAUGCAAAUGCUAAAGUGUCGUCGACACCUAUGAUCGUGACUCCGACAACGACUGUUCAAACUACAACAGUCAAAUCACCUGUGAAAGAUGUUGUGGAAACAAUGAGUGCGAACUUCUAUAAACGUUUCAUCGAUGCAUUUACAGACGAUAAUGAAACAUACGCUGGUGAAAAACGUCAACCGUUAGUCAGUGAUGAGCAGCUUGAAGAAACAGUGAAAUCGCUGCAAAAGACGAUUAAAAGUGGCAUAAAGAGCAUAAAACCAACGGAUAAACCCAAAGACGCUCAAGAACAAAAGAAAAGUUCAAGAUUUCAACGAUGGAUUGUUCAUUAUCUCAAAGCACCUUUUCAGAAAUGGGAAAGUAAAAAGCCUGCAGUAAUCAACUCAAAAGAUGAACAGAAUAAAUUAGAUGAUCAAGAAGAGGAGGAAGAUGUGCAAAUCAAUUCCUCCUCUUCACUUUUAGAUGCAGAGAAAAGUGAUCAAGAAGACGAAGAUGAUAAUGAUGAAGAUGACGACGACGACGGCGAAGAUGAUGAUGACCUGUCAGGAUCUGAUGUCGACGACGAAGACGAUGAUGAUAAUGAUAUUCAAGAGGAACAUGCGAGUAUUAGGGACAAAUUGCAACAAGGUUUAGAUUCAGCUAGUAAUUUAGGAGAAAAAAUUAAAGACAAGCUAUUUUCAUCUUCAAAAGAUAAGGACGACGAUAAUGGUUCUUUGUCAAUGCAACAACGUCUAGCCGAAUCAGCGACGAAUAUCAAAGAAGAACUUAAAAAAAAGUUCUCUUCUUCGGCGGCUAACGACGACGAAGAUUCAGAUUCAGAUGAUGAGCCAAUAGAAAGUGCUAAAACUGUAUCUCAAGCAGUAGCAGAUGAAUUACAAAGCAAAUUACAUUCAUCUACUGAUGCUUAUGAUGAAGAUGAAGAAUCUGGAUAUGAUUCGGAUGAUGAAGGAGAACAAUUAACAACAUUAACCGGCAAGGCAAAGGAAACUUUAGGAGAAUCCGUGGAAAAAGUCAAAUCGAUUGCAUCGAAUGUCAAAGACAAAGUUGCGUCUGCAUUAGAUAAGGAUGAUGAAACACUCGUAUCAAUUUCUGAUCAAAUCAAAGAGAGCUUAGAUAAACCGGUCGAAGUUGUGAAAGAAUUCGGUGAAGAUGUAAUAACUAAUGUUAGAAACAAGUUAUCAUCGCCUGCCGAUAAUGACAAAGACAAAGAAGAAGAAAAAGAUCCAUCGUUGAUAAAUCGUGCACAGGAAACUGCAGAGAAAGUUAUCUCCGUUGCCAAUGAACUCAGACAUAAAACUGUUGAUAUUCUGGAUACUGCUGAAGAAUAUGCAGAAAAUGCAGUGAAACAGUCCGCGGAGUUCAUCGUCAAGAAAGCAAAAGAUGCGAAAAAACGUUUACCAAAACCGGAUAAAGUCAUUUCAAAAAUAAAACACGACGUCGUUGAGCCACUAGAAGCCGAAGCAGCAAAAUUGAAAAAAGAGCUGGAAACGAAAGCUGAUCAGAUAAAAACAACCGUCGUUGGUAAGAUCAAAUCUUUGAAGAAAGAAAAGAAACCGAAAACAUUGAGCGAAAAAGCAAAAGAGAAAUUGCAAUCCAUCGCUGACUCUAUUCAAGAAAAACUUCCAGGUAGAAAGAAGAAGGUAAAAGAAGCAAAGUUACUCGAUCAAAUCGCAUCGAAAAUACAACUGAAAAAUCGAAUUAAUGGUUGGUUUGAUGAAGCUUGGAAUAUUUGGCAUCUAGCAAAAUCUAAUCUCGCCCAUAUCUUUAUUUCUUCAACAAAACAUGCACGACAUUUACCGCGCUACAACAGCACAUCUUUGUAUACAGCAUAUACAGAUGUGAAAUGUUUUCCCUAUGUCAAAAAAUUAAAUCGUUAUCGACUUAGUAAACGAUCCUAUCUGUAUUUUCUCGAUAAAUAUCGUCGACAUUCACCAUUCUCGGUUUAUCUAUCAAUCUUGAAAUCAAACGGACCGAAAUGCUAUCGCCAUUAUCCAGAUUCGUCAUGUGCAUUGAUACAAAAGAUUCCGAAAGGAAGCUUUAAAGUGAAAAUCUAUCGUUUCGUUCGAUUUUGGGCAUUGAUGGGUUUGAUUGGUGUGAUUCUCACUGCUAUCUAUAAAUAUUAUCUAAGUUUGCCAAAACCUCAGUCAUCAUCAGCAUUCCGUCAACACAGAGAUUUCGAUCGAUCAACAGAUAGAAAACAAACAACAAGAACGUCGUCAUCACCAUCGAAGACUGAUCUAUCCAAAACAACGCAAAAGACAUCAUCCGAUAAUGAAAACAAUACUCCAGCGAAUAAUAGUACUCAACCAUUAGACCCAACAAUUGAUCAACAACUUCAAUUAUGGCUCCAACGCGAACAAAAUGAUGGAUUUCGAAAUCUUAGCGAAACAUGUCGUCUAGCAAUUAAUAAUACAUUUCUAAAACAGCUAGUAAGUCCUAUGGAGAUAUAUCAAUGA